AUGAAUUCGAGUUCGCGCCGUCAACGUUCGCGCAUGCCGAACUUUACCAUCGCGGAGGAGAAUAUUCUGAGAAUGUUGACAGCCAAAUACCAUAAAGAGAUCGAGGACAAGGCCUCAAAUGCGCAUGUCUGGCGUGCGAAAAAUCGGGCCUGGGAGAGCAUCGCUGCUGAGUUUUACAACAAUACGCAAAUCCAACGUUCGGCUGUGAAACUGAAAUCCAAAUACGAGACAAUGAAAAAACAAAACAAGCUGUUGAAUGUGUUGGUAAAAAGAGAGCCAACACAGGAAGAUGCCUCACCCAACGAGAGGAGAAAUACGCUUGACGAGUCCAAGAAGAAUGUGGAUCAGGCUGAACAAGUUGUGGUCGUAGAACAACUCAAAGCGGAAACUCAAGCGGACCACGUAAUGUCCGAGGUGGACCCAGGCCCGAUCGCAGCUGAGCCAGGCCCCAGCGAAGCAGAUCAGACGAUGUCCGAUGCGGAGCAGGCUACUCCCGAUGCAGAUCAGAUCAUGUCCGAAGAUAAACCCAUGGAUGGAAUCGAAACUGUUUUAUCUGAGCUCAGGCCAGAUUUCUCCAAGAUUUCAGUACGUAGCCGCAGAUCAGAUUCCAAUAUAUCCGCAAAUAUUGAUGUCAAACAAAUGCGCGAAUUUCUGCGGCAAUACAAGAACUUAAAUCAGGCACAAUUAGCUGCGACCAAGAGCAAUGCGCCGAGUCCGGAUACCGAAAAACCAGCCCUGCAUUCCAGCGAGGAGGACAACGCCGAGAUGCAGCUCAAGGAACUCAGCCUGAGUCAGAGAUCUUUGGCCGCACAAUUCAAUUAUUAUCGCAAUAUGGAUAUCCGAGCGCAGCAGAAGCAUUUGGCCGAGCUCAAGAAUCUUGAGAUUCAGCAUCAAAUUUUGGAGCUCGAACUUCAGAUCAAGCAAAAAGAGUUGCAGAAAAAUAGCUAAACUUUGCGCUUGAAAUGAAAUAACAAUAUAAUUUAUAUAAAAUUAAGGAAAUUUCUACAUAGUUUUGUAAAUUUUGUAUGUAUGUUUACACGUGCAGCGAUAUCAUGUAUUUGGUCUUAAUGCAUUUAUUUUAAAUAUAAUAAGAAAUAAGCUUUUUUUUUUAAUAAAUAUGAUAUAAGGACUGUAAACUGAGGAUGUUGAAACUAUAUUUCACGUACAUGGAUAUCAUGAUAUUUAUCAGGGAUAUCAUGUAUUUAGUCUUAAUGCAUUUCUUUUUAAAUAGUCAGUACUUAGGCUUUUUUAAAUAAAUAUGAUAAGGACUGUUAACUGAGUUAUAUUGUUAUUCUUUCAGGUUUACAUGAUGAUGUAACUUUUGUAUAUAUGUUUACACGCUCAGGGAUAUCAUGUAUUUAGUCUUAAUGGAUUUUGUGAUUUUAUGAUCUGUAACAAGACAUUUUUUAAUAAUCAAAUGAAAUAAUGACUAUAAA